AUGGUAGAAGAAACUAAGAACAUAGUUAUGGCUAAUAAUCCUCAGAGAAAUUAAGGCAUAUUCAUCAAAUGUGAUUUUUAUAAAGAACUCAAGCAAUUCAAAUUUAAAGAUAACUAUUUAAUGCCUCAGUCAUUUUUUACAAGUACGCUCAAAUACUAGUUCUACGAAGUACCUCUUAAUCCAACUAAAAAGUAAAUUCUCAAUUCAGUUCAAAAAGGAUUAGAUAAGUUUUUCUAAGAAAAAAAUACUUCUGUCUUGUUAGUCACAUUUUGUGGAAAGUUAGUAAGCAGCAAAUAAGAUAAGAGCAAGUACAAUGUUGUUGUAAAAUCAGAAAGUUUUGAUAAAAAUAAUUAAGAAGAAAUUAUUGACUUGGAGUAUUUAAUCUUAGAUUUAGUUUGA